UGCUAUUUUUACGUGGGAUAAAUGACCUUUUACUGUAGGGUAUAUAACAUAUGUUGAUCUGAACGAGGCCGUUAUUCACCGUAAAUAUUUAUUCGUAGUUUUUGUGGUGCAGUAAGGCUAAGCUAACUUGCCCCCCCGAGAUGAAAUAAAACGUGCGGAUGUUUGCAGCAUAUAUGGAGGCUAGCUAAUUAGCUGUGCUAGCUACCCGUACCACAAUACUUAGCGAUAAAUUCAGCAACACAGGACAUGUGGUGACUUUUGUGACUUUCAGCUUUGGUGGUCGUCAUUCGGGUGCUAUCCUGCUGAACAAGGGUGACACUGAUCAGUGCAGUGUAGUAACACCAAUUGUGUUGAAAAUCUUACAUACCACACAGAAGUCUUUGAGUCAAAAAUGACAUACAGGAGAGACAGGAGCAUACGAGAGGUGUAUGAUGAACGCUUUUUAACAGAGAGGCCGGGUCCGUACCCACGGGCAGGUGGAGGGGUGGAGAGGAGGGGUCCCUUUGGCAGGCCAGAGGACGACUAUGGCCGGGGUGGGUAUGAAUAUGAAGGAGGUCCCCGCUUUUUUCCAAAUGGCGGCGGCCCCCGGAAUUACCAUGAAGAUCAGAGGAACUACCACGGGGACAACCUUCACUUCCCUGCUGAACGAAGAGCCGUUCUGCCUUCAAGGAGGGAGGACUAUCCCUACAGAGUACCCAGAGAAGACCCUCACACAGGACGGCCUAUGGAGUUUGGCGCCAGAGCUCCACCCCCUCACAGCGUGCGAAAUCAGGGCAUCUACCCAGCGCCCAGGUCCCUGCCAGAGAGCGGGGAAGACACACUAGUGCAGGCCAUCCUCAACCUGGACAGAGGGGAGGACAGAGACCACUACAGGAGGAAGGCAGCCCCGUUCCCUCCCCUUAGAGAACGUUCUCCCGUGCGCCGUGAGGUGGCCCGCUCCCCUCACAGCCGCUCCGGCUCCAGCGUCAGCAGCAGAGGCUACUCACCAGACAGAGCCAAGGGCCUGCCAUUUCCCUCACAGCAAGGCAAGAGUGCGGACGGUCCAGACGGUCACGCGGGUGUUUCUGAGCACCUCUGGGGGCCGCUCUUUCCUCAACAAAGUGGACAUGACACUUUGGGGUAUGAAGAGACUUGUUCUCAGAGCAAGAUGACUGACAAAAUUCCUGGCCUGUCAAGAGAGGGCUCUCCACACAGUGCGACGUCAAACAAGGAGGAGAACCAUCCUCCAGAAGCAGAGAAAGAGGAGCCGCUGGUAGCUCCUGUUGUGGAGGAGAGCCAAAAGUCUACGGACAACUUUCAAGAGCGACGAGCCCUGGCCAUCGCAGCUAAAGCCCAGGAGAUAGAGAAGGUGUACCGCCAGGACUGUGAGACGUUUGGCAUGGUGGUGAAGAUGCUGGUGGCUAAAGACCCCAACCUGGAGAAGCAGCUGCAGGUCCCCCUCAGGGAGAACCUCGGGGAGAUCCGCGAGCGCUGCCUGGAGGACCUCAAACACUUCAUCAGCGAGCUGGACGAGGCGGUCCGGCAGCCAGAACCCUCCGUGUGCGACUCGACCACUCCAUCUACAUCGCUGGGAGGUCAUAAACUUUCAAAGACGGCAGUGAAUCACAGCUCAUCUUACUGACACGUUGGACCGAUCUGCUUCAAUAAUGUGAGACUGAGCAUUGUAAGACUGACUGCUGAACACGACAGAUAUCUCGGAAUCAUUGGGAAUUGCUGGACUGAAGCUAUUCUGCAGCACAGCAACCAGAUGAGCAACUCUGCAUUGAGAGAGGAUGCAGUGCUGCAUGUAUGUAUGUGAGGAUGAACAGUGUUAGUUUUGAAUGGAGCAUUUUUACAUUGAAGUUCUCUGUUAAAAGUUGUUGGUUAUAAAAUAUUAUUGAAAGUUGUUUUUCUGUCAGAUGUCGGCAAAAAUGCAUUUUGUCUAUUUAAGAAGCUACUACCCUCACAUCACAUUGUAUAUGGUUAAACCUUUUUUUGAUAAAAAAUAUGACGGUCCUUUGGCAUGAUCACGUUUUUUCAAAAGAAAAGCCAGAUAAGACAAUGAUUCAUUUUGUAGUGUUUUCAGCUAUGGACAUUUUUAUUUUGUAGCAGUCAGAUAUAUGACUUGGUGCUGCUAAAUUUAUAACAGUUUGACAUUAUUGUAUAAAUUUGUACUGUCUAGAAAUGCCAGUUCAGUACUUUUUCUGUUGUUGUCUCAUUUUGCUUUUUGAACUUUAUAUCUCAUGAAAACCUGCACAAAGCUUGGUUAUUUUGAUUAAAUUGAGACAAAGCCUUGCACAAACUGAGAUGUCUCUGAAGGUCGAAGUAAAGAUGAUUUCUGUUAACUUUGAA